UUGAUGUCAAAUUGCUUUUCCAAUUUCGACUCAUCCCAACUUUCACGUAUGCGCUGCAACGUUAGUUAUUCCAAAAAAUACUCAAAUUUCGAUUUUUGAGGGCGAUAAUUCUUGUUUCAAGCGUGAGAAAAUAAGCUGUGCUAGGGAAACCGCAUAAUCAACGAUACCCCGAACAGCCUGGACUACUUUAAAUCUGGAUUCAAGGGAGCGACGAAACACUUCAACCGCUGUAAGUGAUCAGCUGCUUCGAUAUAAUGACCAAUCAGAAACCAACGGCUACCUCUCGUUUGAAGCAGGAUUAUAUGAGAUUGAAGCGAGAUCCAGUGCCCUACAUAACAGCGGAACCUCUACCAUCAAACAUACUGGAAUGGCACUACGUCAUCAAAGGACCCGAAGAUUCGCCGUAUCACGGAGGCUACUAUCAUGGCACGCUGCUGUUCACCAAGGAAUUUCCUUUUAAGCCGCCAUCGAUCUAUAUGAUUACUCCAAAUGGGCGGUUUAAAACGAACAAGCGCCUUUGUCUGAGUAUAUCUGAUUUUCAUCCUGACACGUGGAACCCAGCAUGGUCAGUGGCCACUAUAUUGACCGGACUAUUAAGCUUUAUGCUGGAAACUACACCUACACUUGGGUCCUGCGAAUCGACAACCUAUGAGAAGCGCAAAUACGCACGCCAGUCUCUUGAAUUCAAUAUGAAAAAUGAAGUUUUUUGUGAACUCUUCCCGGAAGUUUGCGAAGAAAUCAACGAACGACUUGCAAAAAUUGAAGAACAUCGGAAACAGAACAUUGUCAACAACAACAGUUCUGGGACAGCCACCACGAACGGAACAGUACCAAAUGGUAGUAUCAGUCCAUCGGGCGAUGGUUUGGACACCGAUCACGUUGACGGAGGUCCGAACACUGUUUCGAAUCCGGAAGACAGUAACAUAUGGCAUUCCUUGUACACCAAUGCAAUCGUUCUGAUUGGAUUCGUUAUUUUUGCACUUAUAGUGCAUUAUGUGAUCAAGAGCAUGAACAUUGAAUGAUCGUAAGUUGAAACAGUGUUUAAAAUCUGAUUGGUUGCACUGUUGUAUAAUAAGUCGUUUCGUUCGGUAUGCUUUUAAAAUGACCGUAUCAAAACUAUAAAAAAUCUUUUGUUACACAAGCUAUCAAGCUGUUCAGUUUUUUAAUGUUUAUUACGAAGGUAAUUAUACAAAUAUUUGUUUCUAAUGCUUAGCUAUAAUCAGCCUGUAGUGCUUCGAUUCAUAUCAAGGAUAUGUUCUUUGACAUUUCAAUGUUAUAACGGAACUUCUUCAAGCACAUUUCUAUACGUUAUCAAUCGGAUUUGAGAAAACUGGCAAAGCGCGGGUCGUCGAAAUGUGUAGAUAUAUUUGUUAGAAUACAUUACACGGUAUUUCUUAAAAACAAGUACAGCAAUUUUAAUAGCGCCGGAACAUUGAACCCAUUGAUUCAGACACUCGGAGUAUCAUAUACUACUCCAUUAAUGCACGCAAUACAAAAAGUAACCAGAUUGAAUCUACAUUAUUAUAGAAACCAAUCAAAGAGUGUAGAUGUUCAUCUUUCUUGUCCCUGAUUAAAUGUCAAAAAAUACUAAAACUUAACAAAUUAUUUAAGAAAUGUUUAUUCAAAUAGACCUGGGUUAUCUAAGGAACAUAAACUCCGAUUGGCAAAGGUAUCGUGAUGGGUGUUUUAAGUGUGUACGAAAAAAAAAAGACAUGCUGGAUACUGCUGGAAGCAGGAAUAACACUUCGAUAACGAGCCCCGCUAGUAAGUGGGGUUUCGAAUGAUUGUACAAGUAAAAUUGAAGAAAUUACAUUGAGAUGAUAAUGCAGUAUUUAUUGUGAAGAAAAAUGUAAGUUCAGAAUCAAAAAUUAUACAAAUAAAGCAAAAUUACCAAGCCACACUAUGAAAA